GAAAUUAAGAAAACAAAAUAAUAAUAAUUAAUAAAAUCUGCUUACCCUUUUCUUCUCUCUGUCCGCCAGUUCCUCCUCCCUAAUUCUUCCCUACCUUCGUCAUUUUCUCUCUAAAAAAAUAAUUUUCCGUUGCUUUUUCUAAUACCCCUUUUGUUUCUUCUUCAAAUUUUCAUCUAGAACUUCACUUCUCAGUAUGUUUGAAGUUGGAGCUAUAUAUAGUGUGGUCUUUGUGUUUCUGUUUGCUGUUACUUUGGUGUUGGGUGGUGAUAUAGUUCACCAUGAUGAUGUUGCCCCUAGAAGGCCUGGUUGCGAGAACAACUUUGUUCUGGUAAAAGUCCCUACUUGGAUUGAUGGUGUGGAAAGCAAUGAAUAUGUUGGUGUUGGUGCAAGAUUUGGCCCCACAUUGGAAUCAAAAGAAAAACGUGCCAAUCUUACUAGAGUUGUCAUGGCUGAUCCUCCUGAUUGUUGUACACCGCCUAAGAAUAAGCUCACCAGCCAGAUCAUUUUGGUGCACCGAGGAAAAUGUAGUUUCACUACCAAAGCAAAUAUAGCUGAUGAAGCUGGUGCUUCUGCCAUCCUUAUUAUAAACUACCGUACAGAGCUUUUCAAGAUGGUUUGCGAAGAAAAUGAAACUGAUGUUGAUAUUAACAUACCUGCUGUUAUGCUUCCACAAGAUGCUGGAUUGAACUUGGAAAGGCAUAUUGAAAACAACUCCAAUGUGUCCAUACAGUUAUACUCUCCACUUCGUCCUUUGGUUGAUGUUGCGGAAGUGUUUUUGUGGCUUAUGGCUGUUGGUACCAUUUUGUGUGCUUCUUAUUGGUCUGCCUGGAGUACAAGAGAAGCAGUUAUCGAGCAAGAGAAGCUUUUAAAGGAUGCUUCAGAUGAUUAUGCUAAUGCAGAAAAUGUUGGUUCUAGUGGCUAUCUGGAAAUCAGUACUGCAGCAGCAGUUUUAUUUGUUGUGAUUGCUUCUUGUUUCUUGGUUAUGCUGUACAAAUUAAUGUCAUUCUGGUUUGUUGAAGUUCUGGUGGUUCUAUUCUGCAUUGGUGGGGUAGAGGGGCUGCAAACUUGUUUGGUGGCUCUGUUAUCAUGUUUCAGAUGGUUUCAACAUCCUGCACAAACAUUUGUGAAGAUACCUUUCUUUGGAGCUGUUUCAUAUCUGACACUUGCUGUUACUCCCUUCUGCAUUGUGUUUGCUGUGGUUUGGGCAGUUUAUCGCCGUGCAUCAUAUGCUUGGAUUGGUCAAGAUAUUCUUGGUAUUACAUUGAUAAUUACAGUUCUUCAGAUUGUUCGCAUACCAAAUCUCAAGGUUGGAACUGUUCUUCUUAGUUGUGCUUUCCUGUAUGACAUCUUCUGGGUGUUUGUUUCUAAAUGGUGGUUCCAUGAGAGUGUGAUGAUAGUGGUAGCUCGAGGUGAUAAGAGUGGAGAAGAUGGUAUCCCCAUGCUCCUCAAGAUACCACGUCUGUUCGAUCCUUGGGGCGGUUACAGUAUCAUUGGAUUUGGGGACAUAAUCUUGCCAGGACUUAUAGUAGCAUUUUCACUAAGGUAUGAUUGGUUGGCAAAGAAGAACCUUCGGGCUGGAUACUUCUUGUGGGCAAUGACUGCUUAUGGUUUAGGUCUCCUUAUCACAUAUGUGGCUUUGAACUUGAUGGAUGGGCAUGGUCAGCCAGCUUUGCUGUAUAUAGUCCCAUUUACUCUUGGCACGUUUUUGUCAUUGGGAAAGAAGAGAGGAGAACUGAAGAUUUUAUGGACAAGAGGGGAACCAGAAAGGCCUUGCCCACAUAUCCAAGAGGAUAACCAUUCAAUUAACCACCAUUGAUCAUAAGCAGACUUGUAUCCUCCUAGGUAUUACUUUAUAGGAGAGUGAUAGUAACUCUUAGGACAUUAUGUAACAUUUGUAACUUGGUUGUAACAAAAUUUCAGCCAAAAUGGUAUGAUAGCAUGGACUUAAAUCAGCAGCUAAGACUUGAGAGAUAAAUCACCCAAUUGUUUGAUAUUGAAGACCCAUGAAUCUCUGUACUGUAACCUUUUUUUGUGUGAGAUAGCAUAUGGGGGGGAUCAGAAGGUUAUUAAGAUAAUUCAUUUCAUGCUUGAUGACUUUGCAUCAUUGAGGGUCUUUCCAAAACCAUAUCUUUGCCUAGCAAAUGACAAGAAGCAAAGUGAUAUGAAUGGAGUCGUCCAAUCAAGAGGGAAAGACUGGUAAAAAAGAAGGCUGCUAACAUGUGAAGCUGCUGAUUACUGUAGCCAUAACUUGUGUUGUAUUAUUAUUAGUACUAUUGCUAUUGUAUAAGAUUUGAAUGUGAAGUUAGCUAAAUUUUAAUUUCUGUAAGAUUUUUCAUGUUACCAAUUUCCUUAAAUCUUUCAUGAUGAAUGACAAGGAUUGUCUAGUCUGUCAUGUCAUCUUGCAUGAAAAGCAGGCUAUAGAACCCGCGUGCUCAUAGACCCAAAGCAGCUCAUCUUAAUUUGAAUGUAUUUAUUAAUAACAGUUAAAUUAGUAUAUUACAGUUUAGUCCAACCUGACCCAUGUUAAAUGAUAUUUAUAUCAUUUUUUGGAAAUUAAAUGUAAAUUAUAGAAUUUUUUUGUUUAAAUUAACAUAUCUUGUAUAACUUGACAUU